AUGCGCUGUGGCCAGGGCACCAACAGGGAGACGGUGCAGCCUGUCAGGAAGGUGACCUUCACCGUGCGGGACACGAGGAGCCAGCCUGGCCCAUUGCGGCACUGCAGGCCCCAACGUCCUGGGCAGCCUGGCCCCGAGGGCCCUCCCGGCCCAAAGGGAGAGAAAGGCGACCGAGGGUCCCCGGGAGAGAGAGGCCAGCCUGGAUUCCCUGGGGAGAGAGGAAAGUCCGGCAGCUCAGGGCAGCCAGGUCACCAGGGGCCCCGGGGUCCGCCGGGUCCUCCGGGACCGCCAGGGCCCCCGGGACCACCGGGCGCCUGGGGAGCCAGGAGCCCUCCCGUGCCCGCCGCCCUCCCCGAGGGAUUGGGGAACGAGCCUGGCCUGCCCGGACCCCCAGGCUACCCAGGCCAUGAAGGCCCCCCAGGGGUCCCUGGGCGGGAGGGGCAGCCGGGACCCCCUGGUCUGCAGGGGGCUGUGGGACCACCCGGUUUCCCUGGGGCUGAAGGACCUCCAGGGUCUCCAGGCUCGGCUGGGCCAGACGGACCCCCGGGGGCACCAGGGCUCCCAGGGCCACAGGGUCCCCCCGGGGUGCCUGGGCAUGAAGGACCCCCUGGUCCCGCAGGACCUGCAUCGCUCCCUGGCAAACCAGGGCUCCGAGGGGAGCCGGGAUUCCCCGGACUAAAGGGUGAGAAGGGCGAACGUGGACUACCGGGCAUGCCGGGGAGCCCUGGCCGGACCGGAGAGACGGGCUCCCCAGGCAUGCCCGGUCCCAUGGGGCCGCCGGGGCCACCGGGGGACUACAGGUGCGACUCGCGCCACGCAGGGCACCGUGGAUCGGCCGGGCCACCGGGCCCCAAGGGAGAAAAGGGUGACCCUGGAGAGCGGGGGUGCUGCUACGGGGAACACGGAUGCAAACCAGGCCACCUCCCUUUCCCCAGCACUGGCAGCCAGUCCGGCUCCUGGGUGCCCAUCAGUGGGUACCAAACGGGUGGCAAAGAGGAGCCAGAAAUUUACGGAGCGAUCAUACCCCAUGGUCUUCGAGGUCCCCCCGGGAACCCUGGCCCACCUGGCCCCCCCGGCCCCCCCGGAGCACCAGGUCUCCUCUACCUCAACAGGAUCUACCCCAUCCGUGCCCCGCCGCCCUGCAAGCAGCCGGCAGCUGCCGACGCAGGCUGGGCAGCAGAUGCUGACAUCCCUCAGACGGAGCCGCCGGACCCCCACGCCGAUCUCCGGGUGCGUCCUGGCUGCGGCCGCGGGCAAGCCCCCCAGGCUGUCCAGCUGCCCCACGCGCCCCGGCUGGGCCGUGAACCUCUCCAUCCCUCCCAGCGCCAGACGUGGGUCUUCAGGUCCAAGGAGCUGAUGCUGAAGUCGGGCAGCGCCGUGCCCGAGGGGAGCCUGGUCUACGUGCGGGAAGGGAGCAGUGCCUACCUCCGGACCCCCACCGGCUGGAGCCGCCUCCUGCUGGAGGAUUCGGAAUCGCUCUUUGUCGGUGAUGACCCCUCCGCCUCCACCCCACGGUACCAGGAGGCGAAGCAGGUGAAGACGAGAGGUCCUGACGUGGGGCUGCCCGCGCUGGCCCCGACGGACUCGCUGGUCCAGAAGGAGGAGGGACAAGGGCUGCCCCAGAUCCUGCCAACCACCAUCGCACCGCGGAUCCCAUCACUCCGUCUGGCCGCCCUGAACGUUCCCCUCGCUGGCGACAUGAGCGGGAUCCGAGGUGCCGACCUACAGUGCUACCGGCAGUCCCAGGAGGCUCGGCUCUACGGCACUUUCCGGGCGUUCCUGUCGGCCCCCGCCCAGGACCUGGUCUCCAUCGUCAAGAGGACAGACAGGACCCUCCCCGUCGUCAACACGAAGGGCCAGCUGCUGGCCAAGUCCUGGAGCUCCCUCUUCGAGGGCCAGGCUGGUGCCGCCCCACGGGGCCCCAUCUACUCCUUCAACGGGCGCAAUGUCCUGAUGGAUCCCCUCUGGCCCCAACGGCUGGCCUGGCACGGAUCCACGCAGCGGGGCGGCCAAGCCCGCAAGCGGGAUUGCCAGGGCUGGCACAGCUCUGGCCCUGGGGAGGGUCUGGCCGCCCCCCUGGGCGAGGGCAAGCUGCUGGCCGGGCAGCGGCACAACUGUUCCGAGGCGCUGGUGGUGCUCUGCGUGGAGGUGGCCUUUCCCUACCGGCAUAUGUGGUGA